CCUACAAGUCAACAACCAAGGCCUUCAACACAACCCAUGCCCCAUGCGUCAUUUCAUAUCUUUACCUACCGCCCAACCAACGAGCCCACUUUCAAUGUCACUUUGGAUUUCACGGGUUACUCCAAUUCACGACUCAUGACACAACAACCUCGUGCUCUACUUCCAACGAGUUACUUAGCCAUAGUCCAUGACCCAUGCCUUUCAGCUCCUGCUAACUCUGGCAUAGCAUCUCUAUCCAUCGGUAGGCUCACAUCUAUUUCUAGUACAAUAUUCUUCAUCUCGCUCAGUCCAUUGUUCAGCCCUACACUAAACGUCAUUCCAUGA